AUGUCACUGUGCAGUGGCACAGCGGUGAUCACCGAUUGUCUUGUGGUGUGUGUGACGGGCGAGUGCGAGCCCACGAUGGCGACCACCGAUGACACCAAUGGUGUCAACAAUGGUAUUGACAACACGUAUGGCGACGACAAUGGCCUCAGGAGUGCGUCGGUGACGACGAGCGGUGGUAACAAACGCGACGUCACCACUCAGUUGAUCCACCGGUGCGCCGAUCAUCACAAUAGUACUGCCAUAAAGAGGGCGAAGUUAGGCAACGCAUGUGUGGCCACAACCGCACAACUGUCCACUCCGUGCGCCUGUACUGCCAGUCAAUCGAGAGCCGUGUCUUCGGAUGCCAUCCAACGGUCCACACAAACGGAAGACAUUGUCUGUGACAUGGAUUUAACGAACAGUAACUGUAAUAGUAUUGCAAACAAUAAGCACACGAAUAGCCAUCCGUGCGAUGGAGGGGACAAUGGGUUAGACAGUUGGCUGAAGACGUUCUACAACUGGUCGCACAACGAGCGCAUCCAAGCGCUGGACAGUCUCGUGUCGAGCGACAUCUGCGAAGUCCAACAGAUCCGCCAUUUGUUGACACUCAUUGAGCCGCAGCUCCAGCGGGACUUCAUAUCAUUGUUGCCAAAAGAGUUAGCGCUCUAUGUCUUGAGUUUCUUGGAUCCGAAGGAUCUGUUACGCGCCGCACAAACGUGUCGUUAUUGGAGGAUAUUAUGCGAAGACAACCUCAUGUGGAGAGACAAGUGUCGCGAAGAGCGGCUCCUCGAAGACAACGAAACGAUAGUCGAUUUGUUCAAACGCCGCCUCAGCGGGAGUCUGGAGCGGCGGCGCUCGUCGCUGUUGCGGUGCUCGACGCCUACCUCUCCGCCCCACUCGAACAGCUGUUCGCCGAAGAUGUCGCCCUCGUCUCCCGUCUCUCCGACGCCAACGUUCAUUAGAUCUGAGUAUAAAAUCGCGUUUUUGCGACAAAAGACUAUUGAAUACAACUGGAGAUACGGAGUGCUGUCCACCGAGAAGGAGAGCGCCACCACUUCCGGCCGGAGUCGUCUCCUCAAGGAGAUCCUGUACCUGAAAGGACACGACGACCACGUGAUCACAUGUCUUCAGUUCAACCCCGCGUCCAAUCUGAUAGUGAGCGGCAGUGACGACAACACGUUGAAAGUGUGGUCGAGUGAGUCGGGACGGUGUCUGCGGACGCUGAGCGGCCACACGGGCGGCGUCUGGUCUUCACAACUAUCACCUCAUGAUAUCAUAAUCAGCGGCUCAACCGAUCGGACGCUCAAAGUGUGGAGCGCUUUGGACGGCAAGUGUCUGCACACACUGUACGGACACACCUCUACCGUGAGAUGUAUGGCACUACACGAGGAUCAGGUGGUGAGCGGCUCCCGAGACGCCACUCUCCGCGUGUGGGACAUCGAGACGGGCGAGUGCUGUCACGUACUCGUGGGACACGUGGCGGCCGUGCGUUGCGUGCAGUUCAACGGCAAACUAUGCGUGUCGGGUGCGUACGACUAUUUAGUGAAGGUGUGGGACGUCGUGUCGGAGACGUGUCUGCACACACUCGAGGGCCACACGAAUCGCGUCUAUUCCCUCCAAUUCGAUGGCCAACACAUUGUGAGCGGUUCGCUGGACACGUCCAUCAGGGUGUGGUCGGCCACCGCCGGCACACUGAAGCACACGCUCAUCGGUCACCAGUCACUGACCAGCGGUAUGCAACUGAGAGGCCAUACGCUGGUGUCGGGCAACGCCGACUCGACGGUGAAGGUGUGGGACAUAAACACGGGUCAGUGCCUGCAGACGCUGUCCGGCCCUAACAAACAUCAAAGUGCGGUGACGUGUCUUCAGUUCAACUCGCGGUUCGUGAUCACGUCCAGCGACGACGGGACUGUCAAACUCUGGGACCUCCGCACCGGAGAGUUCAUCAGGAAUUUAGUCUCAUUGAGUAGCGGUGGCAGCGGUGGUGUGGUGUGGCGUAUACGGGCCUCCAAUACGAAACUCGUUUGCGCCGUCGGUUCCCGUAAUGGCACCGAAGAGACCAAACUCCUGGUCCUCGACUUCGACGUCGUCGACAAUAAAUAUAUCAAAUACGACGAGACGGACAGUAUGUUUGAUAUGGAGAGCGAGUUCGACGCCAAUAGAGAUAACCUUAUUUUACUUUAA